AUGACAUCCCAAUUGGCUUCCCGGUUCUACCUGAGCCUGAAAGCGCUGCACGCUUCGCGCUCCUUCGAAGCUGGCUUGAAUGCAUCGCCAACUAGGCUGAUCUACGUUGGACAUACCGAUCGAGAAGUUCUACGUCUCUAUCUCCCUAAGGAAGAUAAAGGCGUGAAGUAUACUGCGUUGUCUCAUCGCUGGGGCGACUAUCCCCCAACAAAAGAGGAUCCUCGAUUCUGCACCACUGAUGGCAACCUUAAUGCACGACUAAAUGGCUUCAGUCUCUCUGAGCUACCAAAGACAUUUCGAGAUGCAGUUCGAGUGACCCGGGAGCUAGGUAUCGAGUAUCUCUGGAUUGACUCACUGUGCAUCAUCCAGUGGAAUGCGGAUGAUUGGGAGUGCGAAGCUGGUCGUAUGGAGGACGUCUUCGCCUCGGCCUACUGCGCGAUCGCUGCUACGUCGGCCGUUGAUUCGAAUGCAGGAUUCCUCGCCCGAAACAGAAGCGCUGAGUACGUGCGUGUUCAAGAUGCUGCAGGUAAUCAAGUCUAUAUCUGCACCCACAUGGAUGAUUUCGAGAAAGAUGUAGAACAAGCCGGGCUUAACAAGCGAGCUUGGGUCCUGCAAGAGAGGGUCUUGGCAAAACGGACCAUCCACUUCAGCGCCAAUCAGACCUACUGGGAGUGUGGAGAAGGAGUGUACUGCGAGAACCUUACAAUGAUGAAAAGAUCAGGCAAAGGACGUACUGUGGAAUUUAUCCACUUUCUGUUCGAGAACUACUCAAAGCGUGGACUUACCAAGGACACCGACAGAUGGGUUGCAGCAUCUGGGUUAGAGGCCCGCAUUGCACGCGCGCUACCGGGCAAGAACAGUUGGUAUGGCAUCUUCCAAGAGCAUCUUCACCGGAACCUACUGUGGCAGGCGUCGGACAGUAACACGAAGCGCAUCGUGUACGAUGAAGACCGACAAGUACCGUCGUGGUCAUGGAUGGCAUGCAGCGGAGGCAUCAAAUUUAUGGAGGUUGCAAUCGGCUCCGUUAGCUGGGUUAAUGCUCUUGCUUUCAAUGCCGAACGUGACUCUGCUGCGUUGAUCGCCGAUGUGGGAAAGUUUCAGCACGUCACUCUGAAGCCAAACGGUAAUCGUUACACGGUCUCCAAUUUCUUCGGAAGAGCAAAAGGGUGGAUCCAAUAUGAUAUGGAAGGCGGGGAGAGCGGUCGCAGAGACCGUUGUGUCGUGAUUGGACGGACGGAGGAAGAAAAAAAAAACAUCAGCAAGAAACACUACUACAUACUGGUUGUUGUGCCAACAAGGGAAGAUGGGGAGUACACGAGGGUUGGAGUAGGAAUGGUUCGAACUGGUUGUGUCAAGAGGUGGAGAGCUAGUGUGCGAAUUGUGUAA